AUGGCUUCAGUCUCGGAACUCGCUUACCAAAGACUGAGAAACGAAGGUCUCUUUGAUGAAGAAACAGAUCAGCAAAACACAGCAAUUAAAUUCAAGAAGAUAAGGGGUUGGUCCAAGAUCAGGAAGCUAACCGGAAGGCGGCCGAGGGUUCGGAUUCAGGGAUUGAGAAGGUUCCUGAGGAGAAAAGCUAGGGUUUUCAGUAGGAUUAAAGUUUCGUGGAGCAAAGCUUUGAAGAGACUGAAGCAUGGGCAGGCUCACAUGAAUGACUUGUUUGGUGGGAACUAUUUGUUCAUGCAGGCAAACCCUCUUCCUUUCAAAUGCGGUGAGAGACCUCAUAAUAUGGGUCAUCGGUGUCAUGGUAAUUUCCCCUCAAGGUAUCCUCUUGGAAAAAUUGCUUGA